GCGCCGCGGAUGGCUGCCUCGGUGUGUUGGUGCGCAUUGUUUUGCCUUGUUUUGUUUGUAAAUUCAGUGUUUUGCGAUAGCAUCCGGAACUCUUUCACCAGGGAAGAGCUCAUGAAUAUCAGGGUAACAACUCCUGUGGAUUUAUUUCCGAACAUUCUCAUCACAUCUGCGGAAUUACUGGUCACUUUUGUCAAAGGUACGCUCACCCUUGUUCACGCAGUGAAACGCCGGAGGAGAGGGAAACGUGCCGGUGCGCUCGUGCGUCUCCGCAGACGCGGUCUACGCACUCCGUUACCGGGAAUAUUUCUAUCUAACGUGCGAUCGCUGUGCAAUAAACUGGACGAACUCCAGCUACUGGUGGAUAAAAACAGAGACUUUUCAACAUCUUCCGUUUUGUGCUUCACGGAAACUUGGCUGUGUGGAGGUAUUUGUUUUUAUACAAACAGUGGCUGGUGUAAAGAUGUUACAGUGAUUAUGCAGCACUGUUCUCCUGUUCUGGAAACUUUUUUCAUCAACUGCAAACCCUUCUACUCCCCCCGCGAGUUCGCUUCAUUCAUUCUGGUCGGUGUUUACAUUCCACCGCAAGCCCUCGUGCAGGAGGCACAGCGUACGCUCGCCGACCAGAUACUGUGUGUGGAGCGGACAAACCCGGACUCUUUCGUUAUCGUCCUCGGCGACUUUAACAAAGGGAAUCUCAGCCACGAACUGCCUAAAUACCACCAGUUGAUUAAAUGCCCGACCAGAGAGGAGAACACUUUAGAUCACUGCUACAGUACAAUCAACCGUGCCUAUCACGCCGUCCCCCGCGCUGCACUGGGACACUCUGACCACAUCAUAGUCCACCUGAUUCCUGCAUACAGGCAGAAAUUAAAACUCUGCAAACCUGUUGUGAGGACAUCUAAGAAGUGGACCAGUGAAGCUAUGGAGGAUCUUCGCACGUGCUUGGACUGCACUGACUGGGAUGUUUUCAGGACUGCUACCAUCAGUCUGGAUGAGUACACAGAGGCUGUGACAUCAUACAUCAGCUUCUGUGAGGACAGCUGUGUACCAUCACGCACCAGGGUUAUCUACAACAACGACAAUCCAUGUUUACAGCUAAACUCAGACAGCUAAGGCUGGCAAAGGAGGAAGCAUUUAGGA